UCCUGAAUAAACAAAGACACCACAAGUGCACACACUCUCUCUCUCUAUCUCUCUAGGUUUCGUCUUCCUCAAGCUCUCCGCCUACCCUUUGAUAAACUCAUCAGGUUAUAGUUGAGAGUCAGCCAUGGCGGACCCAGCUCUUAUGCAGCAAGAUAUGCCGUUGGGGUUCAGAUUCUGCCCGACAGAUGAAGAGCUCGUCGGUCAUUACCUCCGCCACAAAUUGAUGGCUGAUGAUCCCUCCAUCCACGACACCAUCCCUGAGAUUGAGGUUUGCAAGUUCGAACCCUGGGAAUUACCAGGUCUCAUAAUCCAAAACCUUCAUCUUCUUCUCCUACAAACCAAUAUCUGUUUUAGUGUAGCAUUAUUAUUUAUGCUUCAAUCAUCUUAUGAUGCUCUGCCGUUUGAUCUUGCUUCUUCUUCUUCUUCUUAUCCAACAGCUGUUGUUCCAUCGUCUUCGCUGAACAAGUCAGGCGACCCAGAAUGGUAUUUCUUCAGUCCUCGCUGUUACAAGUACUCUAAUAGCAAUCAGUAUAACAGGGCAACAUCCAGUGGCUACUGGAAAGUAACAGGUCAAGACAGAGAAAUCAGGGAUCUUGCCACCAACAACGUUAUUGGGACCAAACAGAGUCUAGUUUUCCACCAAGGACGCACUAAAACUAAUUGGAUCAUUCAUGAAUAUCAAUAUUGUGAUGACUUUUUUCCUCCAAACCAGGGAACUUAUGUUCUAUGUAAGCUAAGGAGGAAAUCCGGGAAGAAAACAAAAGAAAAAACCGAUGAGACAAGGGAGCCAAAUGACGGUAUGGCUGCCGAGUAUGGAAAUCAAGCAAAUGAUAUGAUUCCAGGAGUACAAAUUCCGGAGUCAGGUGACUUUGGAGGCUCACCGCACGAAGUGGGGUCAAGCAAUGAGAUGCUGCGUGAUGAGCCAGAAGACGCAUUUGAUGUGGAUUCGCUUUUGCUGUCGUCUCCGCUUGAGGAUGAUCAAGACUAAUUGGAAGCGUUUACGAGUAUCAGGCAUAUGCGUGCGUUGAGACAAUAAAGAAAGGAAAACUAUCUAUUAUGUUAAAGGAGAGAAAGUACAAUUGUGGUGUGUAUCUUUUUUAAAGUGUUCUUGCGAUUAAGUGUUUGUUUGGAUCAGUUGUUCUUUUUCUUCUUUUUUUUUAAUGAUUUAGCGCUUGCUGUAACUAAGUUAUGAUCUACUCCUGAUUAUAUUAUGUUUGCAUGAAUACUAUUUUCUUUGGCUAUAA